UAAAAAAAUGUGUCAUCAAUUCCUAGCAACACCUACUUCCCAAACAAUGGACCCCAUCUCUGAGAGACGCAGCUACUCUGACAGAUAUGCAGCUCAGUGAGGCUACUACGCUCAGCCCUGAUGAAGAGGGGCACUCAUCACUGCCUUUAAAGAGAUGUGAAAUGCAGGAUGAAUAUAUGAAGUCAGCAGAAAGCAGAAGAAGUAGAUAUACAAGGGUUGAGACCAAUUCUGAGAAGAGUCAACCCAACAAGGUUUAUGGGGAGAAGAAAGACAAUCCUGUUGGUGUUGCCAAAGAAGGCAGGCGAUUAGGAACUCAGAUCAAUAAGGAGGAUGCGGUGUUUGCCACAGGCCUUAUAAUAGGAUCUGCUGAUACAGUUGAGGCCUUACAGAGGAAGAAGGAGCUUUACAGACAAGAGCUGCAGGAACAAAUAGCUGAACAGUACAAAAACAAAAAAAGAGAGAAAGAUUUGGAGCUGAAAGUUGCUGCAACUGGGGCAAAUGAUCCUGAGAAACAGCCUUAUAGAAUCAGACAAUUUGGUCUUAGCCGGAGAAAAAAACAUCAAGUUUUGGAGCUCCUGGCACCAGCGGAAAUGGAUUCGUCAUCAUCAUCUAGAGCUGUACACAAUAAUAGAAAUAUUGGAGUUGAAGACCAAGAAAUGCCUCCGCCUGAACACCCCCACGUAGCCUUCCCAUCCCCUCUGCUAGCGUACAGCUCUGCCCUAGGUCUCGCAGGAGGAAGUGGGCUGUCUCCCAAAAGUUAUGCUGCUGUACCAACCUUUCACCUAUCCAUGGAAACUCCCAGACUCCCUUUGUCUCCACAUCCUUCUUCUUCAGUCAAUGAAGGCUUCAAGGGCUCCAAUUCAGAUUCCCAUCACUUCUUUGGGGCCAGAAACCUCAUUGACCCAAACAUAUCCUACUAUGGUCAAUUGCCUUUUCCUGCUGGACAUCCCACAUCCUACAGGAAUGUCCCACCAGGUGUGACCAGCCACUUGGAUUACCCCCGCCAGAACAGUGGAAGCAGCUUCCCUGAACCGCAAAUAAAACCGAACUGUGAAAGUGCUACUAUGGACUUACAUGCGAGUGUCUUUCCUUUGGAGAGAAGGUCAACAAGAAACAGAAUUCUUAGUUACAGAGAAUCUCUCAAACAGCAAAUUCAGGAGAAACAGGAGCGAAAGCAUCUGGAGAGGGAGGAGUCGGAGCGUUACGAGGCUCAGCUGGAGGCUGACAUGAAAAACCAUCAACCUUGGGGCCGGGGAGGAGGAGGAGCACCUUUGCGUGACAGCACUGGAAAUCUUAUUGUUGACCUUAAACAGAUGCACAAACUGAACGAAGAGGCCCACAGCAAUCCACAGCAACGGCAGAGGAGAGUUGCCGUAAUGGCGACCAGAUCUGAGCACUCUGCCAAUACAGAGGGGUUGUCUGCUGUACCUGAGGGCAGUGUCCAUAACAGUAAUGACAGGACCUAUAGUACAGGUUUAACUCGUGUCUACACACCACAGUUUGCCCGAGGCAACGUUUUUACCAACCAGCCCACCCAACAGCAGCUUCAGGAGCAAGACAAAUACAAGGCUUACCUCAAAGAGCAGAUUGAGGAGAAGAUGCAUAAAAAGGCCGAGGAGAUGAAACGGAUCAGACUAGAGGAGGAGAAAGAGGAGAAGAGGCUGGCGGAGCAGCGUGCUCGCAUACAAAAGGAAUAUGAGGAAGAACAAGAGAAAAAGAAACGAAAAGAACUGGAACAAAAGGCAAAGAAUGAGGAGUUAAUUCAGCUGGCUGAACAAAAGAAGAAGGAGGCAGAGAGGAGGAAGAAGGAAGAAGAAGAAAAGGAGAGUGCAGCACUGAGGAGACAGUAUGAAAGAGAGAAGCAGGCUCAGUUAGAGCAUGUCCACAGGGAACCUUCACCUCCUAUCCCCACCCUUCAGAAGAAACAUGGCCUACACCAUUGCAUUAGACCCCACACUGUUGACAGCCACCACUCUACUGUCCACAUGUCUGAGCGCUCUUUGUCUGGCCCUCAGUCCCCACCUGUUCCUGCUUGUAGGAACCAGCUACGAGCUGCGGGUGACCAAUGUGAUGUGGUCAGUGAGCUUUCAGCAUUACGUCGCCAGCUUCGCAGUGAACAAAAACGACUGGAGGGUCAUCUGCAGCAGGACAACUGGAAGGUACCUGACUCUCCAUUGAGUGACAGGCAUAGUGAGCGCCCCACUGUAAAUGCGUUUGAUAUGGCCAGGCUGAGGCUUCAAGCUCCAGUUCGAAGGCCUAACUUCAGAAAUGUGGAGCCCAGGAACCUGCUGCGGAUCCACGAUUCUCCUCAGCCUAAAUACUCAGAUGAAGAGGCUUGGCAGGACUUUACUGAUGCUCGUAAGAUGGAGGAUGUGGAUGUGUCCAGGAGAAAGCAGUGGGACUAUCAGGAUCUGCAUAAUCGUGUCAGCAGCCAGAGAUCUACAAUCCUGGACGAUUAUUUUGACAUGUCACCACCACCACCACCACCACAUGAUCUUCUGAGGAGUGUAAAUGUUGGAUAUCCAAGAGGUUCUCUGCUCGAAUCAGAGAGUGCCUUCAUUGAUCCCCUGGGUGAUGCCUUUCCAGUGCCCCAUACUUCAGAUCUUAAGAAAGCCCCCGAACUGUCAGCUAGGGAGAGGAGGAGGCUGACCAAGCAGUUACAGAAUCCCCAGGAGCGAGCUGCUUACAGCCAGUAUACUGGCUACCAUGAAGGUCGCGCCACCUACACAGAUAGCAGACUAGAGAUGGAAGCAAGAAGAGAGGGGAGUAAACCGCACAGGACAGGACCUGUGGAUCUGUCAGACGAUGACUCGACUCCUUCACAGUUUUCUCUUCACAAUCUUCAUUAAUCUCCAAAGAAACAGAUGCUUGGAUACGUCCUGGAACCAUAGAAACACUAACAUGUUUAGAAUUCCAUCAAGGAGAGAGCUGCUGACAACAUAAAAUCCUUAUUGCAGACUUUCCCAUUGCUUUUGAACUAUUGCAUUAUGGUUAUUUAGGUUUAAAUAAUGUUUUUUGUGACAAAUAGUGUUCACUUUUAAAAAGUGAUGUCUGAGGUCACUGUUGGAAUUCACAUUAUUGUUUGUCGACUUUUUGACUAAAUUAUUAAAUAAAUAUUUUAUUAUAUGAACUAAGUGUUUAGAUUGUUUGUUGAUGAUGAUGAUGUCUAUUGAGGAUUUAAGUAUAUCUUGAGUUGAGUUGUACUGUUUGUUGUAUACACAGCAGUAUUUACUGACUGACACCUGCAAGACCUUUUAAACAUAGUGUAUGUCUCCAGUUAGAAUAAAGAUUGAAUUGGAACAGA